UGAACGGAACCACAUGUUCGUUCUCUCGUCUUGAUUUUGACAUUUUUUUUUGUGGGCAAAAAGAAGCCAAAAAAAGUGCAAGCAUAUAACUUGGUAAUUUGCUUUGAUUUUUUUGUAUGGAACGAGUUGAAUUUUAAAAAUAUAUCCAGAUAUUGCAAGAAGGCGAGACAGACUCUGACAGUUGUUUAUGUAACAAACAAAUCGGGAAGUGUUGUUUCAUUCCGUGAAAUUUAAACUCGAAUAUUGCAACAACUGAACACUCAACUUAACCGCAAAUGAUUGAAAUCCGUGAAAACUACGGACAACAAUUAUUUUACAGUGAAAUUUGACGUUGAGAUUUAAAAAUAGCGCUGAAUUUCAACGUUAAAAUAUCAAAAUCUCACUUAAUAACACCGUAUAAAGUAAAAGAGCAACGAAAAAGAAAACUUGAAAUAGCAAUAAAACCGAAGAAAAAUUGUACAUAGAUUUGGCCAGAGUUCGUUUGCAUAUUGAAAGACUAUAAUCACGAAUUGACGGGACAGAAGCAGAAAAACAAAAAACACGACGCAGUACACGAACCCGAUCACCAAACAUAGAUACAUGGUGUAUGUUUCAUCUUACGGUCAUGGUGUAGUUCGAUAAAACAAAAAAAAAAACUUUUUACUUGAACUGAAAAACUUUACAACCAAAAGGUGCUGUACAACCAAAAGAAAUUGUAAGAAUUGUGUGCAAGAGACUUAAAGUCGACUAUAAUUACCGUAUCGAAGAAUAAAAGCAGUGAUAUCAACAAAGUAAAUUGUGUAUUUGUGUUAAAACAUUCUUGCGCCGUUCUAUUUUCUGUGACGGUAUUUGUUUAGUCUUCUCUUAGCGUGUGGAUUCUUUCAUUUUCGUUCGCUUUCCCGCUGUUCGAUCAGAGAAAACGCUAGAAUUAUCACACAUAUUGCACAUUCACAUAAACACGUUCGAACUGCUCUCUGCAGAAGUUUAUUGACGUCGUGAGGAAGCUGUGGCAUUUAUGUGCAAAAUGCUUAUGACAUAACAAGAAAAAUAUGAUACAGUGAAAUUUGUUCUAAAGAAACCAAAUUUUCGAUGUGAAAACUUUUGUAUCAAGUUUUAAUUUUUUAUGUAAAUUGAAUGAGCAUAUCGUUACAUACGUUUAUGUGAAUUGUCUUCGAUGAUGAGAAUUUUUGUUGCAGACGAAACGUAAUCAAUCGACGAAUGAGCGAGAGAAAAAAAACCUUGGAGAGAAUUGCAUGAGAACGGCAACAAAAUAGACGGACGUGCGUUCUUUUAUAACAAGAAUAAAGAACGACCUCAUGUACUUACGUGUGCCACAUUAAACUUGUUGUGAAACAGGAGUGUAUAUGUUGUGAAUUUUUUGUUCCUCGCAAUAUAUUCCGUUCGGUUAGUGGGCUCCUAUUGAAGAGUUCGUUAUCUGGCAUCAAGUUUAGAAACGAAUGAAAGAAGCGAAAAAAAAACAACAAAUUCUCAUUUGCCAGUUUGUGCUAUCCAAAGUUUUCUUGUUUAGUGUUUCUUUUGAUCGAAAUUGGUUCGCCAGUUUGUGUGUGUUUUCUUCUUGUUUCCAACGUGAGCGAAAACAAAGUCAAUUUUAUUUGCCAAUCUCGUUUUGUGAGAGCGCUUGAUCUGAAUAUUUUACCAUUUUUCGUGUUUUGCCAAUCAAGGUGCAUCAUGUCUGAGUGGAUGGCGUAAAAUUUUAUUGAGACGAAGCGCAGGAAAAAGACGACGUUUCAUGUGAAGUAAAAAGAAAAAAAUUGUCUAUAUAUAUCAUAUAAGUAUGAUGCAUAUAAAGUUUUAACGUGAUUGAGUAUUUCAUUUAUUAUUAUAGUGUAACUUUAAGAGAAUCUUCCGUGACAUUUAAAGCAUAGAUUGAGAGAGAGAGAGAGAGAGGGAAAAAAAAAGUCGACGAGAAGAAGAAGAAAACAAGUUUGUAACAUCCGUAACAACAAUAUAAGCAAAGAAGUGUGAAGAAAGACAGGCAAUAUCGUGCGUUGCACAAAGAAAGAUUUGUCGCUGUUCAUGAAACGACAACAUGAAUCGAAUUCGGAACGUAUUUAUUCUGGCUCUAAUUGCAUGGCUAACAAAAUGUGGUCGUUGCAAUUUGCCGCCUAUUUUCACAGAAGACAUGAAUAAUUUAGCACUUUCCGAGGCAACACCAGUCGGAUGGAUUGUUUAUACAUUGGAAGGAUAUGAUCCGGAAGGCGGUGAAAUUACUUUUGGUUUGAUUGGCUCCGAAAACUUUGCAGUUGAUCCAAAAUCAGGCGAAGUAAAAGUCAUCAAGGCACUCGACCGUGAGACCAAGGAUACAUUAUCCUUUCUCGUUACGAUUAAAGAUAGAGUUAAUGCAUCUGGCGGUGACUCGGAACACGAUAAUUUAGUUCAAGUGCCAAUUAAAGUAAUUGUUUUAGAUGAAAACGACGUUGUUCCAGAAUUUCAAAAUGUGCCAUAUGAGACUGAAGUUUUGGAGAGCGCAACACCUGGAACAAGGAUAUUUAAUUCAAUUCUUGUAAUGGACAAAGACACAGUUGGCGAAAAUUUAAAUAUUACCUGUUUGACCGCACCACAGAAAAUUUUAAUUAAAUCACCUCAAUCAGCGUCAACGGUGCCAUCAAGAGCAGCUACCGACUCGUAUGAACAAUGCUCAAAAUUUGCAAUUGAAUUGAUUGAAAGCAAUCAGGAUCGACUAAAAGCAGCCAUUAUUUUAAAAGAGAAAUUGGAUUAUAACGAGCAAAUGAUAUAUCAUCUCAUUCUGACUGCAACGGAUGGAAUUCAUUCGGCGAGUACAGGUGUUGAAAUUCGAGUAAAGGAUGUUCAAAAUCGUCCGCCCGUGUUUCAAGGCUCAUUAGCAGCUGUCAUCAAUGAAGACAGUCCGAUUGGCACAUUAGUUAUGACCAUUCAAGCAAAAGACGGUGAUCACGGACAACCAAGAAAAAUCAUCUACGAUUUACUCACGAAUCCAAUGGAUUACUUUUUGUUGAAUGCAAAAACUGGAGAAUUGCACACAGCCCGUCCACUUGAUCGUGAGGCAUUGGCCGAUGCAACUGGCAUCAUUGUUUUGACUAUUCGGGCCCGUGAAUUGGUUGAUGGUCAACCAAGCAAUGAUAAUUCGACCGUUGCCAUAACACAAGCAUCAAUUACCAUUCAUGAUGUGAAUGAUUCGCCGCCGGUGUUCAACAAGAAAAACUAUUUCAUUUCCCUUGCUGAAAAUACACCAAUUGGUACACCAUUGCCAAUUGAAAUUAAUGUUCGCGAUCCAGAUGUGGGUCAAAAUUCAUUAUUUAGUCUGCGAUUGGAGGACGUGUCUGGUGUUUUUGAUGUUGAACCAAAGUUUGUGACUGGCUCUUCACCUGUUAGCAUUCGCAUCGCAAAUGGAACAUUAGACUAUGAGAACCCCAAUCAACGAAAAUUCAUUGUUUUGAUAAUUGCGGAGGAGACAGAGACCGUACAAAAACUAUCAUCAACAGCAACAUUGACUGUGACCGUUACCGAUGCAAAUGACAAUCGACCGAUUUUUGAACAAGAAUCGUAUUCGUUUGCAGUAAGCGAAACCGCACCAGUAAAUCAUUUGAUUGGCACUAUAACGGCCAAAGAUUUGGACUCGGCACAAUUUGGCACAAAUGGUAUUCGAUAUUCAUUAUCCGGUGCUGGUUCCGAGCUAUUUCGUGUUAGUAAUAAUGGUGCAAUAACAGUUGCCGAGUGCCGAAAUCCACAAAAUGGUCACAAUACCGAAAAGGAGUUGCAUCGCAAAAAGCGUGAAAUAAACAAACCACUGACAAAUGCCAAAAAAGUGAAUUUAACGAUUGUUGGUGAAACGGGUGUAAUUGAUGUUGAUGAUGAUGCGACAAGCAGUACCACUGAACUCUAUUAUCCAUAUGGAAAUGUUGAAGAAGUGACAUUUCGACCGUUUUUCAGCGUAAACGAUGAUUACAUGGUAAUGAGCGAUGACAGCGAUGAAGAAACCACAACCACCACCGUUGCCGCAUCCGAAACAAUGCACGAAAUCGAUGAAAAUCAUUCAAAUGAAUUGAACAGAAUUGAUGCACAACACUCGAGAAAAACAAUAAAACAAAACAGCACAUCGACGACAGCACACGAAAUUAAUGUGGGUGCUGGGCACGCACCAUGCUUAGAUUAUGAAACGCAGCCGGUCUACUUUUUAACGUAUAAGGCCACCGAUGAUAACGGCCUUGGACAAACAUCUGUUGUUUCAUUGCGAAUAACGCUAACCGAUUCGAAUGAUUCGCCGCCAGUGUGCGAAAGUGCGCUUUAUCGUGCUUCACUUGACGAAGGUGCCAUUUUCUUCGAUCCGCCGCUAUUCAUUAAAGUUCGUGAUGCAGACAGUAUAUCCGACAUUAGCUUCAGGAUUCGCGGUAAUGACAACGUUCUCGAUUUAUUCACUAUCGACAAACAUACGGGUCAAUUGUUCAUCAAGGAUACGGUCGCAUUAGAUGUAAACCAUUUGAAUUCGGAGAAUAUAUUUUUCAGCGUUGAGGCUGAUGACGGCGUAUAUUCCACUGUUUGCCAUGUAAAUAUAACAAUCCGCGACGUAAAUAAUCAUGCACCAAAAUUCGUUCGCGACAAUUACAUGGCAACUAUUGCAGAGAACACAGCAAUCGGUACUAUUGUGGAACGUGUUGAGGCAACCGAUUUAGAUACUGGAAUUAAUGCGAAAAUUCGGUACCGGAUUCAACAGGGGAGUUUCGAUGAUUUCACCAUCGACAACCAAACCGGAUUAAUAUCAAUCGCCCGAAAAUUGGACUACGACAAACGGGAAAACUAUCGCAUUGAAGUGGUCGCAUCGGAUUUGGGUAUACCAAGUCUAUCGGGAACGGCAACAGUUUCGAUUAAUUUGAUAAAUAGUAAUGAUAAAGAUCCAUUUUUCAUUCCGGCCACACAACGAGCUGAAGUUCGUGAAGAUGCUCCGAUUGGUAAACGAAUUUAUCAAUUGGUCGCUCAUGAUCCAGAUGUUGCAUCAAAUGAUGUUCUUACGUAUGAAGUGACCGAACCAAUAACAGCUGUCAAUAAAAAUGGAAAAGAGGUCACCGACUCGCAAACAUUCAAACAUUUAUUUGCUGUCGAUCGAUAUGGAAAUGUCACCGUCAAUGGUUUAUUGGACCGUGAUUUCUUUGCUGUCGUUCGUCUUACGGUUGUUGUAACCGACAUCACCGCACCCGAACUGCAGCAGGGCAAAGGGAUACUCAUCAUUACCAUAAUCGAAGUUAAUGAAAUGCCACCGGUAUUUGCUUUGCCAUGGACGCCAUCAACGCCGAAGCUCAUCUAUCAAAUGUUGGAAGAACAGCCGAUUGGUACAAAAUUAACGCAACUUCAAGCAACAGAUAGUGAUUCAAAUAUCGAAGCAUAUCAUCUGUCGGCGAAUGAUUAUCUUGAAAUAAAUAACCUUACAGGCAUCAUUACAACAAAAGCUCGCAUCGAUUAUGAAUCAAUAAAGCAAAUUUAUGUGAAUGCGUAUGUGACGGAUACGGGACUACCGCAAUUAACAUCCACCGCUGAAAUUAUUGUCGAUAUUGUCAAUGCAAACGAUAACGAACCGCACUUUUCACUGUCAGAGUAUCGUUUUACAGUGGCUGAAAAUUCACCGAAAGGAACGUACAUCGGUGAAAUCAAUGCGAAGGAUAAUGACGAUGGAAUCUUCGGAAAUGUAACUUACUCUUUGAUUGGAGACCAUAGUAAUAACUUCAAUGUGGAUUCCAUAUCGGGGGUGAUUACCGUGCAGAAUAGUUCAUUUUUAGAUCGAGAACGGUUGCCAGAAGUAAGCUUUUCAGCAGUUGCCAUUGAUAAAGCACCAAUCACCACAAGACACUCAACUCAUGUUCCGAUUUACAUUACUGUACAAGACAUGAACGACAAUAGUCCGGUAUUCACACAAAAAAGUUACUAUGCUUCCGUGGCUGAAAAUGCACAAUUAAAUCCACCAGCAGCAGUGCUCCAAGUGAAUGCCGUUGAUGCCGACGACGGCAUUUUUGGUGAAGUAAAGUAUGCUGUUGUUGGAAAUGACAAUAUGAUGUUCCAAUUGGAUCCAAACUCGGGCAUUUUGUAUCCGUCCCAAAGUCUAAAAGGCAAAACGGGCCAAUACAAACUAACUGUCGAGGGCCGAGAUGGCUUGGGUUUCGGGCCAAAUGCCGACAAAGCGGAUGUUGUGAUUGAUGUACAAACUGUGAACAAUUAUCGACCGAUUUUCAUUAUGCCAGCACUUUCGAAUGCGUCCGUUGAAAUUCAGGAAAAUCAUGCAACAAGUAAUUAUCUCGUAAUGACAGUAAAAGCAAGUGACGAAGAUACCGGCGAUAAUGGUUUGGUCAAGUACUAUUUGCAAGUGAAUAAUCAAAAUGUAUUGGAAACAGAUGAAUUUAAAAUUGACGAACACACUGGCGAAUUGGCAUUGAAAAAGGAUUUGAAUCGUGAAAAACAAUCAAAAUACGAAUUAGUACUGGUUGCCAGAGACCAAGGAACGCCAUCAUAUUUCGAGAGUUUACGUUUUCUAACGAUUUUAAUCGUUAGCGUAAAUGAAAAUAAAGCCGAAUUUCCGGACGCUUCAAAUCCAUAUAAAUUCUUUGUUGUGGAGAACAGCGACCGUGGCAUUCGUAUUGGUAAAAUUCAAGCAUAUCUUCGCGAUAAAGAUCCACACACACAUGUCUAUUACUAUAUGCUAUUGGGCAAUGAGAAUGGUGCAUUUUAUGUGGAUAAAAAAACGGGUGAUGUGUUCACGAAUCGAUCGUUAGACCGUGAAGAAGUGGAUACGUAUCAUUUGUACAUUUUGAGUAGCAAAAAAUCGGAUUUGCAUAUUUCUCGGCGCCAACGAGAUGAACUAUCGAUUGAGCAACUAGAACGUGAUAGUACCGUUGCAAAAGUACAAGUUAAAGUGAACGAUUUGAAUGACAAUGCACCGAAAUUUGAACAUGACGUUUAUUAUGCUGGAAUAAGUGCUGAAGCAGCCAUCAAUCACUUGGUGACAACAAUUAAUGCAACAGAUGCGGACAUGGGAACAAAUGGCACAUUUGACUUGAUUAUUGUCGCAUCGAAUUUAUACAAAUAUGGAUCUAGUCGAUCGGUUGGUUCAAUUGUACCGAGCCCGUUCAAAAUAUCAAAGGACGGCCGGUUAACAACGGCAGCAUUUAUGGGUGAAUAUGACCAAGAUCGAUUUGAGUUGACAAUCGUUGCUAAAGAAAUCGAACAUCCCGGCCGUGAAGCAUCGACAAAAGUUGUGAUUUGGGUAAUUCGACAAGAGCAAUUGGUGCGUGUAAUUAUGUCACGACCUCCAACCGAAGUGAUGAUGGAGCGAGAGGAACUUGUGUCCGAACUACGAAAUGCGACCGACAAACGUAUUGUUGUCGAUGAAAUACGGCAUCAUGUCAAUAGCAUGGGUCGCAUUCGAAUGGAUUGGUGUGACAUGUAUUUUCAUGCAGUCGAACCAGAUACCAGUUUAAUUGUACCCGUUGACGAUGUACUGAAAGGCAUUGACAAUAAUUAUGAUUUUUUGAAAGAUUAUUAUGCUGGAUUUGCAAUCGAAAACAUUAUUCCGGCCCAUGCUAAAUUCGUUGAAGAAGAAAUUGAUUUGGCAUUAGUUGGAUUGUUGGCACUUUUAGUGGUGUUAUUCAUUGGUGCGAUAAGUUUUAUGGUGCUUUGUUGUUGCUUGAAAAAUUGGAAUAUGAACAUACCACCGCAGACACGUCGCAAAGAAGCACUUAUCAAAAAACAAUUUAUUGAUGAACUCAGCACAACCGAAAACCCAUUGUGGAUCGAACAAAAAAUGAAAAUGUACGAAGAACAAGAGCUAACGAUGCAGGUGUUCUCCGAACCGGAAAUAGCGACCAAUGAAAGUGACGGAAUUCAACCGGCAUCUCCGUUUGGCCGUCGAGAUUCGUACGAAGUAUCUCAAAUGGGUGACAAUACAUAUGCAACCAUUCAGCCGCGACACGCAACACACUCGAAUGGCAACAGUACUGGACCACGGCUACGUAAUAGCAGUUCAGUGUCAACGAUUGGAAAUGGAGAAAUUGCUGAUUACGCCACACUUAGAAAUGUUACUAGUGUGCAUCCUCCAUCGACGACGCCACAUUAUGAGUUUACUGGUUCCACGUUCCAGGCUCUAUCUCACAAUGAUGACGGCACCUAUGUGGCCGAAAUCAUUUGACAUCAAAAUGCUCAACUGAGCGAUUUUAUCGUUUGGUAAACAUCGACUCAAUCAGUCACACGAAAUCGCAUAUACAAAGACGUAAAUCUAUUGCCAAUAAAAAGAAAACAAAACUCAUUUUCAAUUUUAAUCGUUAGUGAAUUUUACAAAGCAUACUUUUUAUGUAAUGUUAAGAGUAAACUGAUUUUAAUUUAAUGACAAAAUGAUGAUGAUUGUAUGUAAAAAGUAAUGAAAAAAGACAAUAAUUAAAUGGAAAAAAGAAAUAAAAGAAGAAAAGAUACUGAUUUUAUGUAAUUCA